AUUGUUAUUGACCAGAAAGGAGCGCAAAGAGUGGUGGACCAGCAGUCAGGGAGUCACUCAGUCAGAGGCAGUCGAUUAAAGACCACUUGAGUGUAAAACCAAGCUAAGAGGAGGGAAGAGCCACCUCUUCUUUACUUCUUUUUAAAAGUUUUUUUUUUUUUCUUGAAAGGGGAAGCAAUUUUGAGAGUGUGACGGGGAGGCAGGGGACACCAGCUUUCCCUCUGUUUUUGAUUAGCCAUGCUGCUUCUGGAUGAAUCGGAGUCAUUUGCAGACCAGUCCCACAGCGCCCCCUUCAGCUCCCAGAAUGAAGCUCAGGGUGGCGACCCGGCUGUGUGGCAGUGCACCCCUCCCACAUCUACCUCACCUUCGGCAGAGACGCCGGCUCACCCUCCCUCCACCCAGCCCGGGUCAAGACCCCACUCCAGGCCGGCAAGCCAAAGCCCCACUCCUCCCUCUGCCCUGACAGGAACCAAGAAGAGGAGCUCCAAACCUGCACACAUGAGACGCAACAUCAGGAAGUUACUGAGGGAUCAUCAGUUGGAGGCAGUGACCAAAGCGGCCCAGCAGGAGGAGCUGGAGAGAAGGCGACGUCUGGAGCAGCAGAGAAAACAGGAUUUCCCCGUACCGCUGCCGCCUGAAUACACAACUGGCGAUGUGACAACUUGUGCGUCGUCAUCGGCGCCGUCAGUGGCAUCGCAGCAAGAAGUGAAGUCAAGCAGACAGGAUGUGAUCUGUGUGGACUCCAGCAGCACGGGCAUCAGUGAGGACGACAGCAAGGCCGACACACCCGCCUCUGCUACAGCACAACACACAAACAAAACAGAUGUCAUAGAUCUGAGUUCUGGUGAGGACGAGUCCAUCGUCCAUGUUAGCAGCGAGUCCACCGUUGAGGAAGAAGACAGCGAGCCAAGCGGUGCCCACGUCAACGACACCCUCAACCAACCAGACGCCCACGGCAGGGUGCUGGUCAACCUGAACCAUCCAGCUGCAGAGGAGGACAUCUUCCUGUCGCCUCAGCUGGCGAGAGCAGUGAAACCUCAUCAGAUCGGUGGGAUCCGCUUCCUGUACGAUAACCUGGUGGAGUCGGUGGAGCGCUUCAGCAGCAGCAGUGGAUUCGGCUGUAUCCUGGCCCACAGCAUGGGCCUGGGCAAAACGCUGCAGGUCAUCUCCUUCAUUGACGUCCUCUUCAGACACACCCAGGCUCACACCGUGCUCGCCAUCGUACCUGUGAACACACUGCAGAACUGGCUGUCAGAGUUCAACGUGUGGGUCCCACCCCCAGAGGCUUUACCUCCAGACACCGAUCCCACAGCGGUCACGCCACGCACAUUUAAGGUUCACAUCCUCAACGAUGAACACAAGAACACAACAGCCAGGGCCAACGUGGUGGAGGACUGGGCUCGGGAUGGGGGCGUGCUGCUGAUGGGCUACGAGAUGUACCGCCUUUUGUCGCUGAAGAAGAGCUUUGUGGCUGGAAGGAAAAAGAAGAGCAAGAAAGCAGCAGGACCUGUCGUCAUUGACCUGGAUGAAGAGGACAGGCAGCAAGAGCUACUAAAAGGUAUCGAGAAGGCUUUGGCUCGGCCCGGUCCAGAUGUGGUAAUCUGCGACGAAGGACAUCGCAUCAAGAACUGCCACGCCAGCACGUCGCAGGCGCUAAAGAACAUCCGAACCAGACGCCGUGUGGUCCUCACCGGCUAUCCGCUCCAGAACAACCUGAUUGAAUACUGGUGCAUGGUCGACUUUGUCCGACCCGAUUUUCUAGGUACGCGGCAGGAAUUCAGCAACAUGUUUGAGCGUCCCAUUCUGAACGGGCAGUGUGUGGACAGCACGCCUCAGGAUAUCCAGCUGAUGAGGUACAGGAGCCACGUCCUGCACAGCCUGCUGGAGGGCUUUGUACAGAGACGAGGCCAUGAUGUCCUGAAGGACCAGCUGCCUUCCAAGGAGGAGCAUGUGAUUUUAGUGCGUCUGUCUCCCCUGCAGAGGGCGCUCUACACAGAGUUCAUGAACCGCUUCAGAGAGGCAGGAAACACGGGUUGGCUCAGCCUCAACCCGCUGAAAGCAUUUUGUGUCUGCUGCAAGAUCUGGAACCAUCCAGACGUGCUGUACGAGGCUCUGCAGAAGGAAAACCUGGCAAGUGACCAGGAUUUAGACCUUGAUGACAUCACCUCUGCGGGACGAUGUUCAGCUGCACCCAAUCAAAAGCCCAAGAACCUGGACAAUCCCAACCCCGUCGGCAGCCUGAGUCUUAACCAGCUACAAGAGAAAGCCAAUCAGGUCAUCACAUACGAAUGGGCAAAGGAUAUCAUGAACGACUACAAGCCCGGCCUCCUGGAGAACUCCGCAAAGAUGGUUUUGCUCUUCCAUCUGAUAGAGGAGAGCGUCAGGAAGGGAGACAAACUCCUCGUCUUCAGUCAGAGCUUAUCCACGCUGACCGUGAUCGAGGAUUUUUUGGCUAAGAGACCAGUGCCUCCAUCACCCAGUGCACCCAGAGGCAGACCCAACCAAAACUGGGUCCGCAACCUCAACUAUUACAGGCUGGAUGGAAGCACAACAGCCUCAGAGAGAGAGAGACUGAUAAACCAGUUCAAUGACCCCUCCAACACCUCUGCAUGGGUUUUUCUGCUCUCAACCAGGGCUGGUUGUCUCGGUGUGAACCUGAUUGGGGCAAACCGCGUGGUGGUUUUUGAUGCCUCCUGGAACCCAUGCCACGAUGCCCAGGCCGUGUGCCGCGUCUACCGCUAUGGGCAGAGGAAGCCGUGUCACAUCUACCGGCUGGUGUGCGACUUCACACUGGAGAAGAAGAUCUACGACCGCCAGAUCUCCAAACAGGGCAUGUCUGACCGUGUUGUGGAUGACCUGAACCCCGUGCUGACCUUCACCAGGAGAGAAGUUGAGUCUCUUCUUCAUUUUGUGGAAGAGGAACCAGACCCCUCUAGCAUCCACCUGCAGCCCCACGACAGCAUGGAGAGCGUCCUCAGGAAGGGUCUGCAUCUUUAUCCCCACCUCAUUACAAAGCAACCAUUCCCCCACGAGUCCCUGCUGAUAGACCGCAGGGAGCUGAAGCUGAGCAAUGCAGAGAAGAAAGCUGCAAAGAAGGGCUACGAAGAUGAAAAGAGGGCCUCAGUGCCAUACACCCGCCCUUCCUAUGCUCACUACUACCCCGCCAGUGACCAGAGCCUUACCAACAUCCCUGCCUUCAGCCAGAGAAACUGGCGCCCUCCCACUGAGGAGAAGCCGGUGGCCAGUGUCAGGCCAGUCCAGUCAACUCCAGUUCCUAUGAUGCCCCGCCAGGUGUCCACAGGCUCUGCCCCAGGCACUGACUCUUCUAAAUCCAGCCUCGGAGGCUUCCCUGUCAACUGCCUGCAAAAAGCUGGGGUGUUUGUACAGAAAAUUGUCACCACUACUGACAUAGUAAUUCCAGGCACCAACAGCUCAACAGAUGUCCAGGCCAGGAUCACCGCUGGAGAGAGUAUCCAUGUCAUCAGGGGCACAAAAGGGACUUACAUCAGGACAUCUGAUGGCCGAAUCUUUGCCAUCAGAGCAGCUAAUAAGGCCAAGACAGUGGAGGAGAGUUCAACAGCACCACCCAAAGGCUCGCAAGCACCCCCUCCAGAGGCUUCCACUCAUGUCAGUAACGGUUGCCUAUCACCCAAGACCGUGCCCCGCCCUCUUUCACCUGACAGCCCAGAGAUCAUUAACGAGUUGCAGCGCUACACGAGCGGUACAGGAGCGAGUGCUGCAGCGGGCUCCGGCCUUCAGCCGGCAGAGAGCGAUGUGGUUCAGACCAGUGGGAGCAGUGUGGCAAGUGGAAAUUUGUGUCACCAUGAUGCCUCUGUGACUAAUGUAAUUCAGCCCAACAUGGAUGCCACUGCCGCCCAAGACCUGAGAACAGGCUCCAAGCGUAAAGCCUCUACCCCCUCCCUGGAUGAGCGGGCCAGUAAGCAGCCUUCUGCCAGCAAGCACUCCUCAGCCCCCUUGGCCUCGCAGGGCUUCCCCUUCACUGGGGGCUAUGGCCUCCCUCCAAUGGGUCUAAACUCUGCCAUGCUGGGUGGUUCGAUGGGGCAUCCACUCUUCAUGGGGGCAGGCUCACAUUACUUCCCCCCACCCCACACUCAGCUGAGCGACCCUAGUUACGUGUACCCAGAUCGGCAUGGGUGGAACAUGGGUGGAGCCGGCACUAUUCCCACUUCCUCUCCCGCCUCUUCAUCGACAACAACCACCGCUUCUGCUGUCUCCUCUUCCUCCUCAACAUCAUCAUCCUCUGCAUCAGUCAAAGCUGCCAGUUCACUUUCAGGAGCCUUGCCACCAUUCAUGCUGAGCUCCAACAUGGCUAGUAUGGCUGGGAUGCUCCCACCGGGCUUCCCUCUGUCCUAUAGUCCAUCUCUGGCAAGCCUUUACACUAGCUCAAUGCUCCCUGGAGGGGUGCCAGGCCCAGCUGCUACUCCUGGCCCAGCUGGAGCCAGUUUCUUGUCCCAGUAUCCUCCUACCGCUGCAUCCAGCUCCUCCUCAUCUUCCCCAUCUUCCUUCUCCCCCUCAGCUCGAUCUGAGGGCCAGCGAGGCCUGGUUCUGGUGAACAGCGGGAAUGUCAGCAGCAUCAGCAGCUCAGAUGACGAUGAUGAUGUAAUUGAGGUGAGGGGACAGUGACAGAAGAAUGAUGUGGUUUCUUGAGAAUGCUUUCAGAAAUUGUAAUAGUCAUCAAAAAAGGAUGACACCCUAUUUGCCAGGAUGCAGCUUUCCAAGAGUCAAGGCCAAAAAAAAAAAAGAAAUUAAAUGGAAAAACAAUGACAGACAUUUAAGAUAUUGAUAAGUGAGCCCCUGCUGAAGUGUUUCCUCUGCUCAUCUCUACUUGCCUUGAAGAAAUGGUCUGAAUGAGGAUUUAACAGAGACUGGAGUGAUAAUCGUGAUGCUGAAUAUCAGAAAAUGAAUCCCGUGAAAGGCUUAAAAACCCUCCAGAAGCAAGGAGAAAAUGAAAAUCCGAGGACUCUGGGCUUCCAAUUUUUUUCUUUUGUCCAAUACCGGCAUUAAAAUGCGUAUCACUGGACUGAGUACUGCUGAGUAUGGGCCUGUAGUGAACACAAAUGGCCACUAGUUGUACUGUUAACUUUUAGAGAUUCUAGUUCUGAAGCUUUGCUAAAUGUUGAGACUUUUUGCUUUCAGCUAAUUAAAAAAGAUGAGGUGGAGUCACUUAACAAAGCAGGUUUGCCAAUUACAUUAGCUGGUAGCACAAUUUAUUUUGCAACUGAAAUGGUAUUGUCUGUCACUUGUUGCUACUGAAUAUUACUUAAAACAGCAAAAAGAAAUGGUUACAUCACCCCGAACUUGGAGAGCUUUUUUGACUGAACUUAAAAAUAACUCACUGCCAGGACAGGUGUAUUGUAAGAGUUUGUUCUUGAAGGAAAACAGAAAAGAAAUGGGAUCAUAUUGGAAUACUGAAGAAACAGUUAUGCUCUGAGGAUGAGGUUAAAGAUAUUUACUGAGACUUUAAAACUCUAAUGAAAGAAUGUAUGCUUAAUCAAAUGCCUUUACACCAGGCCUUUUUGAAAAGACUCCUUCUAUUUAGGCAUCAGAUGUGGGAAGAUCUGAUUUUAUUGUAUUUUUUUCCUUUUUUGUGCGUGUAUUUUAUAUUUAUGUAAUCUCUGAUUGCCUAAAAAAAAGACAGCCAGGUGAAAAUGAGGAGAAAAAAAAAACUGUGUCCUAGUGAGGUGUCCUCCUUGUAGCGGAGAAACAACCAACAGAAAAUGCCUUUUUGCCGCCAUCUUUCUGAAUGUUAACUGUGAAAGAGGGGAGGUAAAGGGAGACAGACAGUCACCGUGGCUCUCUGAAUCUCACCCACAGUCUUACUGUAGCCUAGUGAAAAAUGAUGCAAAACACUCACUCAAGCCUAUAUAUGUGUUUGUACAACCCCAGAGGAACUGAGCUUGCAACCUGGACUUUUGGUUACGCUCGUGUAAUUACUGUGUUUGUAUCUGCGUGUUGUGUUUUUAAGGGUUGCAAAAGGAAUCAUUUAAAAAAAAUAGAAGAAAAAAGAAAAAUAGAAACUCGUGUUACUCGGUUCGUUAACGUGUUCUGAGUCAGAUUUCAAUUCUGCUCUGCUGUUUUUCAUUUUUCUUUCUCUGUUUCAUCUCGUUUUCUGAACAGAGGUCAAUGUGAAACCAAACCUUUUUCUUUUUUUUUUUUUAGGAGAGAUGAUGUAGCUUUGCCAAAAAAAAAAAAAAUAAAAGAAAAGAAAAGAAAAAAAAAAAGCAAACAGCACAUCAGAAGCACAUCAGGAACCUCCGUCAAAGAGGAUUGUGUCUUAAGAGACCAAAUAAUGUCGAGCAGAUUUAAAAUCCACCGCAGCCACGCGCUCUCUGCGGCAGCCUCACAGCUACAGGUUGAGAAGUACAUAUCCAUCUCUGCACUAUAAAAAGAUGCCAGUCUGUGUUUGGCUGGAUGAAAGCUGGAAAAGCUUUGCUGUGUGACCAAGUUCCCUUUUAAAUUUGCUGUAACUGGAGCCGAUAGGCCGAUAUUAGCUUUUUGCCGAUAUUUCGGUAUUGGCAUUUAUAAUGGAUGAUAAAUGGAAAGUUUAAAAACGUAAAUAAGAGAUAGGAGAAAUGCACUUCAGCGACCUUAUGAGUGUUGAUGUUGCACAGUUUGUAUAUCAGAUGACAAGUAAUCCACAACUUGUUGUGACAAUAAAACAAGAUAAACUACACUAUCAAAUUUUAGUGAGGACUCAUAAAUAACUACAAAAUAACAAAUGUUAGGGAAAUCUGUUUAUAUCUGAAAGAAAAAAAUAUCAGCUGAUAUACCAGAUUUUUAGACUCACCAAAUAUUGGUAUCGGUAUUGGUCUUAAAAAUCCUGUCUCGUCAGGCUCUAGAUGUAAACCAUCGAUCUGCUGUUCCAGCUGAUCACACAGAGUGGUCUGCACCCCCCACAACCACCCACCCCCGGUCCUAAACAGCUGCAGGAAGAGCUUUAAAAACCGCCGGCUCUUUUGUUAAAGAUGAAACAUCGUCAAGUUAAGGCUCAGCAUCACUUGUCCUUUUUUUUUUUUCUUCCAUGUAUUUGUUCUUCAUACUGAAACUGUAAGUUUACUUGUGUUUCAUUUUUUGCUCUCUACAAUGUUUGAAUUUACCAAAUUAAUUUAUUUAUGACAGUGCAUAUUUAUUCAUUUGUAUUUUUUAUUUUUGUACAAUGUCUUUUUGGCUUCCAUUUGUCUCAUGAUCUUGUUUUACGGUCAUAUUAGUAUUGUUACUACAGAUUUUGUUUUUUAAAGAACUAAUGAUAAGCCAGUCUGACCCAACACAUGUGAAACUGUGCAGAACUUUCAUGUGGACCAACUCCUUAGUGUGUUAUUAAGCGCAUUAAUAUCCAGGAUAGCAUAGGCCAAAUACCAUAUCUGAUAACUGAUAAGCUGUUUAUAACGAGAAACCAAAAAAAAAUGGCACCAGGGAUAUUUAGCAACUGCGCGGUGUUGAAAUAAUUUCCUAUUUAUGAGCUCAGAUAAUUAUAAAUAUAAGUAUUAAAUCUGAGCAAUAUGAGCCGUUUGUGUGCAUGUUAGCACAAUCACAGGUAAUGGGUCAGAAACUGAGGCAGCCCAGCACACUCAUCAUCUGAAAAGGAAACAAUAUCAAGUGCUUCUCCCCCUUUGUUUUCUUUUUUUUUUUUUGUGGUGUGUUACCAUAUCACCAGAAAUUGUCCAUGUGUGUCAUCAACCCAGUGAUGGCAGACGAGCAAGUUUGCUCAGUGUUGAACUGUUUGGUUGUCAGCUCAGCAUUCGCUGCGCAGACCCACUGCUCUUUAGUUUCAUAGCUUUCUACUUGAAUUUACAUAUUUAUUUAUACAAGUCGAGUCGGUCGGAAAAGCAGAGCCGACUGUCUGAAUUCCAUUUUAGCCGAGGAGGAGAUUAAAUCUGCUGUCUUUGAGGAUUGGCUCCAGUCAAAAGCUUGUUGUGUGGACAAUGUGUAUGACCUUGGAUU